CGAGUACGGGUAGGAAGCGCAGUCUGGUGACGUUUUCGCGUCUCGCGCUGUGGAGAACUCCAGACAGACGGACAGACGGAGUGUGUGUGAGGACGCGGUACGUCGGUUGAAAUCGUGCUCGGCUCCUGUUUGUGACUGGACACUGGACACUGGACACUGUGUAUCAUAUCCGGUGUUUCUUUCCGGGAUUUGAAGCCGAGACGCUCUGAGGUGAUUUUCUUUUCUCUGUCGCGCGCGGAGGCUCGAGCGGCGAUCAAACCCGCUGAACGGUCGCUAGCCGACGAGCUAACUAGCCUAGCCUGUUUCCGGUGAUACACACGUCCUGAAAGAGUCAUAACGACUGUUUUGUUUGGACAGGAAGUGGAACACCGUCCUCAUGCCAGCACUGGGACGUUCAUAGUGAGACCAGCCAAGAAGAGAGCGUGUGGGUGUGAGACCGACCGGUGCGAGACGGAGUGGGGGCAGUGAGUGAGACAGCAUGGCGAGCGUGACGGUGCCAGUGAGAGACGUGAGCGCUCUGCAGUGCGGGGUGAAGCGUGGGUGCAGGGACAGAAUGGACGUGCAGGACACUCCUAUAAAGAAGCGAGUGAUGGCGGAGAUGAAGCUGAUACGCAGAGUGAAGCGGGAGGACUCGGAGUGCGAUAAAGCCUUGGACCUGAGUCCGGGGCUUAAACAUACGCUGGCUCAGUUCACGCUGAGCAGCCGGAGCUCGCUCGGGGGACCGGCCGCCUUCUCGACGCGAGCCGACACGAGCUCGGAGCAGAUCUCGGCCCCGCCCCUUCCUUCGCCCUCUAUUUUGGGGGCGGGACCUCUUUUGGUGCCCAGCGACAGGUCGACUGAGCUCACGCAUGCGAUGCUGGAGGGCGAGUCCAUCUCCAGCUUUGUGGUGGGCGGAGAGAAGCGUCUGUGUCUGCCGCAGGUGUUGAACUCUGUGCUGCGAGACUUCACGCUGCAGCAGAUUAACAGCGUGUGCGACGAGCUUUACGUGUACUGUGCUCGCUGCGACGCCGACCAGCUGCACGUCCUCAAAGUGCUCGGAAUCCUGCCCUUCAACGCCCCAUCCUGCGGCCUCAUCACGCUAACCGACGCCCAGAGGCUCUGCAACGCGCUGCUCCGCCCUGGCUCCGCCCACAACCACACCCAGCCCGGGGUCAAGGCUUCACCUGUUAACGGGCAGUUCGGCUUCCGGGUGGAGCACCAGUGCCUGGGGAAGUGUCGCGGCGUGUUCGUGCCGCAGUUCUACGUGCGUCCGGAUGCUCCAUGCGUGCAGUGUGUGGAGUGCCAGCUGCUCUUCUCACCUCAGAACUUCGUCAUGCACUCGCACCGCACGCCCGACAAGCGCACCUGCCACUGGGGCUUCGACUCAUCUCGCUGGCCGCGCUACCUGCACCUGAGCCGCCGCUACGAGGGCACGCCCGACGAGACCAAACUCAACACCGUGCUUAACCAGAUGAAGGAGAAGUUCCACCUGCAAUCAGAUACGCCCCUGGACCAGGUUGUAGAUGAGGACCUCUGUGUGAAGAAGUCCAGUCCUUCCUCUGAUCGGGAGUGUGAGACAAAGAAAAAGGGUUCUCUGGCCUUCACUAGUCUCUGUCCAGACAUCAAGCAGGAAGUUGGACAUCCGGCUGUCGUGCACCCCAGCUACUACCUGUACACAUAUGAUAAGAUGGUGGCACCCAAUGUGUCUCUUCAGAAGAAUAGAGACGGUGAGAGAGCAGAGAAACUGGGAACUCUGCUGAAACAACACUACAGCAGGAGAACACAUGAUGUCUGUGAGACCACUCCGUCUGUCAUCGAGGAACCGAAAUUCCGUCACAGCAAUGAAACACAGCCGCCUCCCACAGCCGUCUCCAUGGAAACAGAAGGGAAGGAAGAGGACGAUAAGGAGCAGCUGGUGUUCGAGAUGGUUCACAUGUACAACAGACAGCAGGAGAAGCUGAACGCUACUCUGAACACGCAGAGGAAGCUUGAGACGGAGCUGCAGACGGUGUGUGAGGGUGAGGCAGGUCGCUGGAGACGCUUGUCUGUGGAGCACAGUGAGCUGCAGAUCGAGCUGGAGGCGGUACACACUGAGCAUGCUCAAAAACUGGGGCGGGUUCAGCAGGAGCAGAGGGAGUUGGAGCAGAGACUGGAACAGCUCCGACACAAAUACACACACUGUACCUGCCAAAGCCAGGAGAAGCAGUACACCUCUCAGCUGUGUGAUCUAAGAGUGAGACUGGAGCGAGCCGAGACUGAGAGACAGGAGCUGCAGGACGAGCUGAGGAGAGAAAGAGACGCUCGUGAGAAACUGGAGCUGCUCAUCUCUCAGCUACAGCAGCAGAUUACCAGCUCAACCAAUCACAGCGCUCAGAGCAUCUGCUCGACCAAUCACAGCCCUCAGAGCACUGACUCGGACAAUCACACCCAUAAAACCCUCACAUUGGCCAAUCACAGUCCUUGGAGCCAAAACACACACUCACCUGCAUCCACCCACAGCAGUGCAGUGUCAUCUUGAACACACACACACACACACACACACAUGCCUUGUUUAUGAUUCUACUUUAUUAUUAUUAUUAUAUUAUUAUUAUUAUUGACGUUUUCUUUGGUGUUAGUGUGUACGCUGUGUCUCCCCCUGCUGGACACACUGCUCACACACACUUAUUACCCUGCAGGAGUGUUAAUACACGUUUACGUUACGUUCAAUUUAUACACAUGUUCACCUUCUGCAUUCACUUCGUCUUACUGACUGUGGAUUUACAAUCCUACACACACACACACACACACACACACACGCUUCUGUACUUUAAGGUGUAAAGAAAAACAUGGUGUGUUUUGAUGUGUACAUGCUACACUCUCGUGCCCAUCACUAAGGGGCGGGGCUUGUAGCGUAUUCAGGAUGAAGAUGAUGCUCAUGGUAGAGAUGCACAUUUUCUCUGUCAUCAGCACUAGCAGGUCUCAGGCUCUGCUAGCGGUGGUAGCAUGCUAAUAUCUGCUAGGAAGGAACACUGUAGCUCACAUUUUACAGAGCUUGAAAGAAGGAUGAGGUCAUGAUGGGAAGCAUAAAAUUAGUUAUUUAUUCCUGUUACUGUUGUUUCUAAUAAUCUCAUUGGUUUAUAAACACUUCUGUUUAAAGUCUUA